GUUUGGGAUCAUUUGAGGGUCCAAGUUUACCGCUAUGUACGACUUCAGGUUGCCUGCAGGUGUCGAUUUUGGGCGUGCUAUUUGCGCCUUAACCUGUUUGGAAAUUCAGACAGAGCGCCGGCUCGGCGAUAUAAGGACAACCUCGUUGCAAACUCGCACUCGGACUUCUGAGUCCUCCAAGUUCUUUGUACCAUUGACAUAGCUCAAGUCUAAGUUCCACAGCUUUUCAUAUAACCACGUCAUCAUCACAAGCUUCUCUUGUUCAACAGACCAUGUUGGAUCUACUCUCCAGAGAUCGAAUAGUCAACGAGGCAGGCCUCAGAACCGCCUUGCGCCAUCUGGACACGAUUUCAAGUUCGGGGGCAACCGCAUUACAAGCUACAGUCAAACAUAUGUCGUCAUCACCCUAUGUUUUUGCAUAUAUUAUUUCUGUUUGGGAUCGCCGUGAGGCAAUGAUCUCACAGAUCAUGACAGACUUUCCAAGGAAAUCUCAAGAAUAUCCAACAUCUGUGGCAAGAACGAUGCUAGACAAUCUGUCUAUGUACUUUUUAGCUUUUCCAGACGAGCCUCUAGCGAUGGAUGUCGCUAGGGACAUCAGCCGCCACAGAGGCUUCAUCGAGGACGCUUUACAUGUACUCUGCAGAUUGAACACUAUGAAAUUUUCUGGUGCAGGGUCGUUCGAAGAUGAGAACAAUCUCUUUGACAAAUCUGAUGAUGGAUUCGUCAAGAAGAAAGUCCCUCAUAAAAUACGCGAGAGUAAUCUCCCGAUAGCUCAUACGUCUAUCGACGCAUCUAUCUUCCCGAGGCUUGAUGUGGUUGUGCCUCUCACGAGCGAGGCUGCCGCAUCAUUGUCUACUCAUAUUCUUACGAAGCUGAAAAAUGCUCUCUUGUUCUACCUCUCGCUUUUGCGGAGAACGGAAUUGGCAGGCGCCAUUAAAGCCUUACUUCUCCCAAACGUGGAUGAGUCUGCCAAAGAUGUUGCGCCUGAAGUUUCGUCAACCGAGGAUGUCGAGAGCCCGACAACUCGACCCAAUGCGUAUCAAAUGGUGCAGUUUAUGAAGGCUGUGCUUUACUUUGAGAAUGCGGACGGGUUCGGAGAGUGGCGAAUCCUCAUAUCUACGCAGGCCUACAAAAAAUUGCGUGAAUUCCGUAGAGCAGAUAAGAAUAUAUUCAAGAUCAUCUUCAAGCAGAUCAAACAACUAUCGAAUGGCUAUUUCUCAGAUGAUAAUCACAAGCUACUCAACAGGCCGGAUGCAGGCAUACCCAUCUACGAUGCCAAGAUGACAAAGGACCUACGAUUAGUAUACCAGAUCGAUUGUGUCCCUGACCAAGAUGGAAAGUCCGAAAGACAAGUAAUCAAGAUAUAUGGCAUUUAUAUGGAUGCUCAGCUUGACAGAGUAUGGGAUGCCUUGAGUAGCUAUCUCACACGCAAGGGCAGAGAAUAUCGUAGCAGGUGUAUCUUUCGGAACAGGCCUGUCUUGUCUAAAGAGAGCACGAUUCUGCCUGCGUCAUUCCCACUAUCUGAACAUGAACCAGAAUUCUCAGCAAGCCCACUUGAUCUUAGUGAUGAGGACAUGGACCACCUUCAAUCUUUGCUUGUUUUGGAGAAAUAUUUCACAUUCUCGCAAGCGUUCCUGCAUAGUCUCAUCGCAGACCAAGAUGUACAGCACGUCUUUAUGCUCACACCUCAAGAACAAAAGAUUGUCGAAUGUACCACGUCAUGUUACAUCUUGGGUCGCAGAGGCACGGGAAAAACCACGACGAUGCUAUUUAAGAUUCUCGGCAUUCAGCGAGCUUGGGAAAUGAGUGCUGUUGACAUGCCGAAGCCACGCCAAAUUUUCGUCACCAAAUACAGAGUGCUCGCUACAAGAGCGAAAGAGUGUUUUACGAAGUUUCUCGAAUCUCUGGCGUUAGCAGACUAUACCCUGGAGGAACUUGCCAAAAUGAAGGCACAAAGUAUUCAGGAAGGCCUUGUUGAUCUCGACGACCUGUCCAAAUCACAGAUGAAUAUACCUAUGAAAUACAGCAAACUUGAGGAUGAGCACUUUCCCCUCUUUGUGACUUUCGAUCGACUGGCACAGAUGAUCGCGGCAGAUAUCGAUAUCUCAGGUAACGAUGUCUCCGAAACGAGAGAGAGUGCAGGAUCUUUCUUCAAUAUUGACAAUGCUGAAGCGCAUGACUGCUUCGUCACCUAUGAUGUAUUCGCAAAUCAAUACUGGCCUCAUUUUCCGUGGAAUCUCACCAAGAAUCUCAACCCGUGGUUGGUUUUCAGCGAGAUCAUGGGGAUCGUUCAAGGCUCCGAGCACGGACCGACCUGUCCUGAAGGAGUUCUCGAUCGCCCAAACUACAUUCGUCUUUCUCAUCGUUCUUACCCAAAUUUUGCGAACCAGAGGGGAAUUCUGUAUGACAUCUUCGAGCGUUAUACGAAAAUCAAGAAGCAGCGACGUCAUCAUGAUGCUGCAGACCGUACGCAUGCAAUACUCAAGGUCUUGCAAAGCCAGAUGAUCCCUGGCCAACAGAUUGAUUAUCUGUAUGUCGACGACGUACAAGACAUCCUUCUGAUCGAUGCACUCUUUUUGAAGCGAUUAUGCAGGAACCCAAACGGUUUGUUCUGGGCUGGUGACACCGCCCAGACAAUCUCUGCAGGGAGUUCCUUCAGGUUUAAUGAUCUGAAAGCAUUUCUCUACCGUGUUGAGCAGCAGGAUAUUUCGGUCAAUUCCGCUGGAGCAUGUCUUCGUCAGCCUGCGAUAUUUCAAUUGGCGAUCAACUACACAUCGCACGGUGGAAUCGUCAACUGCGCAAGUUCUGUGAUCGAACUCAUCACAGAAUUUUGGCCCAACACAAUCGAUAAUCUUCGGCCAGAAAAGGGGGUGGUUGACGGGCUGAAGCCUGUGUUUUUUACCGGUUGGGAUAAAAACAUCGUUCGCCAUGAACAGUUCUGGUUUUGGACGAGGCGUGGUCGCAUUGAGUUUGGGGCAGAGCAAUGCAUUCUUGUGCGUGACGAUGCAGCACGUCAGAAGUUACGCGACGAAGUUGGUGAAGUUGGACUGAUUAUGACACUUUAUGAGAGCAAAGGCCUGGAAUUCAAUGAUGUGCUGCUGUACAACUUUUUCGAGGAUUCUGCUGUAGAUCUGUCACGAUGGCGCGUAGUUCUCGAUGGGGUAGAUGGUCAAAGAUAUGUACCAAACUUCGAUCGAGACGAGGUGCAAUACGCUGGGGUUUGUAGCGAGCUCAAACUUCUUUAUGUGGGAAUCACUCGAGCAAGGAAGAACUUGUGGAUCGUCGACAAAUCUAAUAAAUCAGACCCGAUGCGUCUGUUCUGGACGUCUCGCAAUCAGGUCCAGAAUUGUACCCCCGGCACAGAUGUCCCUCAUCUAGCCGUCUCCUCGACUCCAGAAGAAUGGGCAUCCUUCGGGCGCUCACUAUUCUCGCACAAGCGCUACUCGCAGGCUAUCCAUUGCUUCGAACGUGCCAACCUUCGUCGUGAAGUGAAGGUCUGUGAAGCAUAUCAACUGCGAGAUGUUGCACGUUCUAGUGUCGGAGUGGCCUUACUCUGCGACCAAAAAAGAGCUUUCAACGUGGCUGCCGAUGCCUUUACUGAUUGUGGGGCGACCGCGACAGGAAAUCAAAAGCUCCAGUACUAUCGUAACUCAGCGGAUUGCUACGUUCGAGCAGGAGACGAUCUUAAAGCCGCUGAGGCCUAUUUCAAUGCUCAAGAGUUUGAGCAAGCGGCGAGGAGAUAUCGCAAGGUUGGACGGUUUGACAGGAACCUCCAUGUCCUCAAUGACCAUGGAAUGGAUAUACCCGAAGAACCCACAGCGAAGUUAUGCGUUGUGCGCGAACAGUCUUACUGCAGCAGGAACAACACUCAGCCCCCCUUGCCCCUCUUCUCGACAUUUGAUGAGGAAGUUGAUGAGGAACUCGAAUCUCUGGAGGACUAUGAUCUCGAUGACGCUCGCGCCUUACUGCUUGAAUCUCAUUCGAGGUACUAUGAGGCCGCAGAGCUCCACUUGUCAGAGAAUAGGCCCUUGGAAGCUGUCCGGGCAUUCAUGAAGGACGAAAGCAACAUCGAUUCUACCAUCCGUGCGGCCGAUACUAUAUUGGAAUACUUCUGGCGCCAAUGCUCCUUUAGAAUCACUGUGGAAUCCAUUGCUGACGAGCCAAUGCAGCAUUUCAUCGCUCUUGCUGAUCAACUAGAGACGAACAAACUAACGCCGGCGGCACGUGAUCAAAUAUCGAUGUUUCAGAGCAUCUUGCGCGGAAAUCGCGAGCUGUUGAGAAAUCUUGCGCUUGGCUUCCAUGAACAGAACAACGAGCCAGCAGCUCUCCUUUGCCUGGACCAUAUAUUCUCUCGAACCACAGACAUUCGAACUUUCGCGGUCGAUGAAAUGCAAUGGUUCCUUCAACAAUUUCACGCCUAUGCACGACUGCUCUAUCUGAUUUUAACCUUCCCUGACCCCAUGGAGCAUAGGGGUAUUCAAAGACUAUUCUCCAUCGUGCGGUUGUCCGGUGACCAGUUUCUCAUACCAGAUGGAACGUUCCUCCACAACUUAAUGGAAAUCCGCCAGGGCAUCAUUUUUGUAUCGAAACAUCCGUCCGGGUACACAGCUUCUCGUAGAAUCGUCACCAAGCUGCUACAACAAUCCAUUCGAACGAUCUUGAAAGACAAAAUAUCGGAGAUCGAUGUUAUGUGCUGCAAAUCUCCCGUUUUCUCGCAAUGCCUGCAAUUCUUGAUAUCCGGAGUAUGUCGAAUAGAUAACUGUCCCCAAGAGCAUGUUGCAGUAUCGAAAUUGGAUCGCCAGUAUUACAACAACCGUGUUGCCAUCCACAUAUGGCAAAUCCUGAUCUUGCAAUUCAUGUAUUCCGCUCACCCAUACAUUGAGCGACGCGAUAGCAUGAGGGACUGGCUCAAGCAUCUUUACGAGGCUAUCAAUCCACCCUUCUUCAUUCAAGGUUCUCCCGCGGACCUCGACAUGAACCUGAUGCCUCUUCGUCUAGAUGGCAUGAAAGUGGUGAAGCUCUGGAUCCGCGAAUCCUUCUACUCGCUCGACGCAUUCCAUACCCAGGCUGAAUUUUUGACGGCGUUGAUGGGAAUAACCAGUCUUAGUUUUGCUUUUGACAGGAACGACGCACCUGUCUACAUCUCUCGAGCAAAUUGUACGAUCUCCGGACCGUUAGAACUGUUUCGCAAGGGGGACAAUCGCUAUAUGGUCCAUGACCUACUUAGUUCUUACCAAGGAGCUACCCGCAGCAGCAUCUCGUCGGGGAUUCUGUAUAUUAUACAUGUCCUCGAUAAUCGUUUAUAUGUCAACCUCUCGGUGUUGUGCGACUGUAUCGAGGACAUCUGCAGCACUUUUGUAAUCAACUAUCAAAUGGACCCACACUUCAAUAAGUUUCCUCUUCAUAACGUCGUCCUUCCAUGUAGCUGGCUACUGUUCCCCCACAAAUUCACCACGGAGAAAGAAACUAAGCUAUUUUUGAUGGGUAAGCUUCUGGAUGAGAUAGCGAGGCUGGUCGAAGCAUUGCGCGUAGAAGCAGGCAUGGAUUUCCUCUGGCUGAACCAUACGAGAUUUACGCCUAUUCUCCGUAAUGUUUUCAUUUCCCGGAUCUGCAGAGUUCUCUGCCUCAUUGCUCAUAACAUCAGGAAUCGCUUCUUGAGAAACAAAGUAGACAAUAUCAUUCUUUCUCUGCACGACAACAACACUCCUUCAAACUGGCGUCUAGCUAACUAUCGGAAGCUCGUGGAUGACGUGGUCAGAUACAUGACACCCUUGCCAGGACAGGCGCCACCCUCAGACGUUUACUUGCGAGCUCUCCUGGCUUUCGACGACAAUAAAGGAGUGGGCAACCUGGUGCAUCUUGUCCAUAAAACGAUGAACCAAUAUACUCGAGUCAAUACUAGUAUAGGCCGACGGCUCGUAUAUGAGAAGACCAUCGAGAUCCCCCAUCUCCUCUCAUCGUACGCAGUGAUCGCACAGUCUACCCUGAGAAUAGAGGCCCCUGCCCCCGUACCCCGCUUAGGACAUUCCAAAGACCAACCACAGGUUAUCCAGCACGAUGAGAAAGAGAUAAAGGAACCACAACCUCAAGAGUUCGAAGGAGAGGAAGAAAGGGAGGAAGAUGUCACGGCGAAUGCUGAUACCGAGACCCGUGAUGCGUCGGAGACUGUGAAUGAAGCGAUGACAUUGAUUGCACCUGAUCUUGACGAGUCGCUACGCACCAACGGACCAUCGGUGCAGGAAGAAGAAGCGGCUUGCAAAAUUCAGAACGCAUACCGUCGUUACGUCAGACGCCGCUCGAGUCGUGCAGUCAAUCCCGAAAUCGAUGCGAUAUUCAUGACAUGCCUGAAGGAGACGCAGUCCCCUGAAUGGCGUCCGGGUUAUUACAGCUUGCUCUUCCUUGGACCAUUGCCUCACCUUCUGGUGUGCUUGGAGCGAGGCAUUGCUCUGACUCGAGCUGCCAAAACGAAGACAAAAGGCCUUUUCAACAAGGAGUCUCAUGAAAAGCUUGAAGAGUUGGGCAAGCAGAGAAGCGGGAUAGCAACGCUCCUCAGGAAGGGAUUGAAACUGCGCAAGCAGCUAGAACCUUCCUCAUCCGCUCAUCGUGCCCGUGACGUUGAUGCACUCAGAUCUGGAGUUCUAGAGGUCGAGGAAUUCAUGCAGGGGGUUCCGAGCAGCAUGAAAGAUAUGCAAUCUGACUUUCAAAUGGCCUAUAGGGGCAUUGUUGCAAAGAAGGUUCGCGCGGGAAAGGAGAAGGGGAGACCCGCUCUCAAUGUCGAGGGUAUGAACGACUGUUGAUUUCGUUUAGGUUGCGGAGAGUUGAGACUGUCCUUUCGUUGGUGUAUCAUAUAUCAUUUUGUACAGUGUAUUAGUCCUUCCCUGUGUUAUCCUGUCCGGUGCAUUGCAUGAGGCUUAUG